AUGGGUUCCGUCACUUCAGAGUCCGGCCGCAUGCAGAGGAGGGAUUCAGCAGAGCGAUGCCCGAGCAGGAGACCGAGGCUGUUGAGGGCAACGGCCACCGAACCAUCCAUCACCACAUCCACUGCCACCCCGAAUGCCCAUGCGACGCAAUCCGGCCGGCGGGCCACGGAACUUCUCAGCAGAGUGGCCUACGUUUCUGGCUCGUCAUCGGAUUCUGUCCCCCGAUCCGCCUCGAUUAUCUCGACUCGGACCCCCCUAUAUGACAGCGUGGACCGGCACGACGAGCUGUCGUCUUCUCCCGACAGCACAGCGGACAGCUUUGACGAUCUGCAUCCCCAUCCAUUUUCUGGUCGCUACUUCAGCUUCCCGAGCUUUGACUUGUACGAGGCAAAUCAGCAAGACGACGACAAGGCGGAGGCCAAGUCGCCAUGA